GAUGUGGUUGUGGACACUCCACAAGGCGUCCCCUACCACGGUCGUCGGCUGGCGCCCAACACCCAGAUAUGCGGCGUCUCAAUUCUCCGCGCCGGAGAGGCCUUUGAGCCCUCUCUUUGUGUUGUCUGCAAAGACGUGCGCCUGGGCAAGAUUCUCAUCCAGACCAACCCAGAAACUAUGGAGCCGGAACUCCACUACUUGCGUCUACCCAGUGACAUCAAGGACUGUUACGUCAUCUUGAUGGAUUCCACUGUAGCUUCUGGUGCGGCGGCUAUAAUGGCAAUUCGCAUUUUGUUGGAACACGAUGUUCCCGAGGAUCACAUUAUCCUCAUCUCCCUCAUCAUGGCUGUUCAGGGUGCUCAUUCCGUUGCCUACGCCUACCCCUCGAUCUGUACUGGUGAUUCCUAUACCGGACGUCCCUACCCAAUGACCGUGUAUGUGUAUGUUGAGGAACCUGUCUGUGACAGGUUUCCCCACCUCAGUCUCCUAAGUAUUUUGUAUAAGAAAAUUUGCUGUUAUCCUGAUGCUUAA